AUGGCGCCAGCAUCCUCUCUCAACCCAAUCUCCAUACACUGGCCCAUCCUCGUGACAGGAAGCGCGCUCUUCUCCAUCGGCGUCCUGGCCGGCGGACUAUGGAACAAGAAGCGAGCAUCGACCAUCCGGUCCCCCCGAACGACGCUCCUCCCAAAACUAUCCAAGGAGGAGAUCUCCGACCUGCCCUACCCGCCGGACGUCCUCCCCGGCGCGCGCGACGUCGACACGCCCUACGGCUCGAUCCGAGUCUACGAAUUCGGCCCCGAAGACGGCCGCAAGGUGCUCCUCAUCCACGGCAUCAGCACGCCGGCGAUCGCACUGGGCGGCGUGGCCCACGGACUGGUGGACAACGGCUGCCGAGUCAUGCUCUUCGACCUCUUCGGGCGUGGAUAUUCCGACACGCCCGGCGACCUCGCGCACGACAUACGGCUGUUCACGACGCAGAUCCUGCUGGUGCUCGCUUCGUCGCCCUUGUCGUGGACAGGGCACAACCGCUCCGCCAAGUUCAGCCUCGUGGGAUAUAGUCUGGGCGGCGGCAUCGCGACGACGUUCGCCAGCUAUUUCCCGGACCUGAUCGAUAGUCUGAUCCUGUUCGCGCCGGCAGGGAUCCUGCGGCCCUACCACAUCAGCAAGACCAGCCACAUCAUCUACUCGGAGGGGAUCAUCCCGGAGGGCUUGCUUGAACGCGUGGUCCGCCGCCGGCUGCGCAGUCCGAUGGCUCAGCCGCUGCGGACGACCACCACGCCGUCUCCGAACGAGGAUGCGAGCAAGACCGUUGGUGCCACCGAGGCGGCGGCGGCCGAGGUGGGCAAAGUCAAUCUCGAGUCGAAUAGUCGCGCGGUGCUCUCGAAGACGCGGCCCCACGUCACGGUGGAGAAGGCGGUCCUGUACCAACUGGACAAUUACCCGGGGUUUGUGCACGCGUUCAUGUCGAGCAUCCGGUAUGGGCCUGUGCGGUAUCAACAUGACCGGUGGCGGAUUUUCGGCCAACACCUCGCGCGGCAGAAUCAGGUCAAUGGGACAAACAAGAAGGUGUUGAUUGUGCUGGGGAGGAAUGAUCCCAUCAUCAUCCAGAAGGAGGUGGAGGAGGACGCGAACGACGUGCUGGGUGGGAACGUCGAGUUCGUCAGUUUCGACGCUGGACACGAGGUUCCCGUCUCCAAGGCAGAGCAAGUGGUGAGGACGAUUGUGGACUUCUGGAGCAGGACUGAUUGA